AUGGUGAAGUGCUAUGUAUGCAAGUUCAUAGAAGUGGACAAAAAGCCAGGUGAAUGGAGAUCUGCCUGCGAACGUUGCGCAGAACUCCUGAAGGCACCACCUUGCAAGGCUUGCGGACAACCAGUGCGAGACGCGCAAAAGAACGAUCCACAUCCGUAUCAUGAGGAGUGCAGGCGUUGUAGUUCCUGCAACCAAAAGGUCUCGCGGCAGGGUAUGCACUUCACUGCUGGAAAGAUCCUUUGUAGUUCCUGCGAUGACCUCUUUGGAGAGUUCUUUGCACCUGGAAAGCGAAGCGGCAGUGAGUACAUGCAAGAGGCCUUCAAGGCGUGGGAUGAAGACAAAUCAGGCUUCAUUGACACUGGUGAGUUGCGGCUGGUGCUCAAGGCUAUCAUGCCAAACUUUUCAGACCGAGACCUGAACGAUUUGCUUCGUGUCAUAGACACAAAUGGCAACGGUGUGGUGGAGUAUGAAGAGUUUUGCCAGUGGCUGACAAAAGAAAACCCAUUGGAGUUCUCACAGACGACUUUCUCUCACUAUGUGGCGCAACUCAUGCGAGAAGCUGGAAAGGCGAGAGAAAAAGCAGAUCUUUGUGUUGAUGAAAUCCAAGUAAGAGAAGAUGGUGUAUACUUCCGUUUGAGGAGUGGGACUGUUCGGCUGGAGACCACAGCAUUUCGAAAUGAAUCUGGCUUGUCCUUGACAGCGCUAGAUCCCGAAGAGUUCAUCAGCAAAGUGGAAUGCGUGGAAGAUGGUCUACACAUCAGCUUCAACACUGGGCGAGUAAUCACACUCGAUGGGAAAGGUGAACUCUUCGGUCCAUUUGAAGCGCCCAAGGGAUUUUACAUCGAUGGCUUGCGGACAAAGCCCGUGGACAAAGGAAAUGUCAAGGACUACGUGGCUGGUAUUGAAGCAGCACCGUUGCCUUCAGCAUCUGAAUACGAUUGUCCUUGUGCCUUGCUGUAUACUGCCGAGCAGGAGUAUUUGCGCUCGCUUCGCGAAAUCUUAGCAAAGGCCGCAGUUGACGUAAAUGGCUUCGGAUAUGGAGGAGCCACUGCUUUGAUGCUAGCAGCGUCGAGGGGUUGCACUGGCUCAAUGCGUCUUCUGCUGAGCUCUAAAGCCAAUGUCAACCUUGCUGAUUCCGAUGGUUGGACAGCUCUGACCUAUGCCAGUCGCUGUGGUUCACCGGAGGCUGUGCAAGCCUUGCUAGUGAAAGGUGCAAAGGAAGGAGAAGGUGACGGAGGCCGAGCCCUCAAGGAGGCACUUCGGAAGAGCCACAACAGUGCUGCCCGUGCACUCUUGCGGGCGGGAUUUGGCCCAGCACCGGUGGGCACCUUUGCGCUUGAAGGGCAGCCAAAGCCCGAGGACUGCAAGUUGGAGGCACCAGCGAUAUCGCCCAGUGGGGGGGCAUUCUCACAAGCCAAGCAGAUCUGCCUUCUGGUGGGCGGCAACGAUGCUGCAAAGCUUCCACAAAACAUGAAGGUUCUUUACACAUUGGAUGGUCGUGAUCCCUUCCUGGCUGGUCAGCGAUACAUUGGGCCUUUCACCAUCUCGAAUUCGCGGGUCCAAAUUCGAGCAGUGGCAGUCCAAGCGCAAAAGCGAUCCCCAGCUGUGGAGGCAACGUUCCUUAUUUGUCAUACGGCUUUGCCAGAUGAAAUCGUUUUCGGAACUUUGCGGGCGCAGCUUUUUCCUGCAUCGAUGGACUUCAUGCUGAAAUUUACAGCGGAGGCAUUGAAUUUGCCCGUGGAGAGGCUGCAAGCAAGGAUGACAGAAGCUGAUGGUGCCAGCACAAAACGAUGGAUCCAAGUUGAUCUGAAUGACUUGAAGCCGAGACACCAGAUACGCUUUGACCUUGCUUAUGCCACGGUGAAGUCGGCAGACAAAAGGAAGAAGUGGAUUGAAUCCAUCAAAAGCGAUAUCUCCAAAGCUGUUGGUGAAGAGCCAGCGGAUUGCAAGGUGUUUGCUGGGUCCAUCAUUUUGGAGUUUCAGAUGAGCCGAGAAAAGGCCGAUGAGUUGGUGAAGCAUUUGCAAGAUCCAAACAGCUGGCUUUUGACCAAAGGCAAACAUCGGAAGGCUUUCAAGACUGCCUCGCUUCAGGUCGUAGAAGCUUUGGGAGCUCGCUUGACCACCAUCGCCUUCCGAGAUGAGGUAGAGAAGGGUAUCAAGAGCAAACAACGCUGCCGCGUUGUCGCCAUUGGCAAGGGCGACAAGGGUGCAGUCGCUACGUUGGUGGCGGACAAGAAGGAAGCAAAAUGGAUGAAAAAACAGCUGGACAGCGUGGUUCGGAAGAUCCUGGAAGAUGUGGAAUUUGCGGAGGUCCAGGACUACCCUGAAUUUGUGGAUCUUGAGUUCAGUGUCGACAUCAUGGAGCCUGGCAAAGGACGCGAAAUUGUUGAAAUUCUUCGAGAACCAGAGACCAGCAUGAAGAUUGCGGACACUAUUGCUAUCAUGAAAGGUAUCGAUACCAAAGUUUCAGUGGUGGCGCCUGCAGCUUCCCGAAAGCUUGCCGAGAUGGAAGUUGUCAUUCAAUGGACGCGCAGAAACGGUAGCAAGAGUGAGUUUGAGGAGCAACCCAAUUGCAACCUUGUUGUCUAUGCCGAAGAGCACAUGGUCUAUUCUUGCGACAUUGGUUCAGCCACCAGUCCCAAGGCCGCUGACGUACAGAAGAAGGACAAUUUGUACAAAGAGGAGAUGUCCAAGUCUGUUGGCCGAGCCGUGGGUUCAUGGACACAAGAGAACGGCAACGAAUCGCGCUUGCAGCUGGACUUGUCAGCUUUGCCAUCUGACGUGACGGAAAUGUACUUCGUGAUUUCCGCAGAAGAAUCCUAUGACCUCUCCAGCUUCAGUUCAGCUUCCUUUUCCUUGGUGGACUUGGCACGAAACCAGGAGCGGCUAAACCUGCGCGAAUUCAAUUACAAAACUGAUCUUGAAUCCGCAUAA